UAAUCAAGGUUUCACUGAACUAUACCAGAUCUCUCAUCUGGGGACCUGUCCCCUGCCCUUUGUGCUGCACAUUGGAUUUGGUGACGCUCAGGCAAUGCUUGUCUCCUGCUGUUGAUGCAUAAUCUCAGAGGACUAUGGAUCAUGCUGAAGAAAAUGAAAUCCUCACAGCAAGCCAGAGGUACUAUGUGGAAAGACCUAUCUUUAGUCACCCGGUCCUCCAGGAAAGACUGCACAAGAAAGACAAGAUUUCGGAUUCCAUCGGGGAUAAGCUGAAACAGGCAUUCAUGUGUACUCCUAAGAAGAUACGAAAUAUCAUUUAUAUGUUCCUGCCCAUAACUAAGUGGUUGCCAGCAUACAAGUUCAAAGAGUAUGUGUUGGGUGACUUGGUCUCAGGCAUAAGCACAGGGGUACUUCAGCUUCCUCAAGGGUUAGCCUUUGCAAUGCUGGCUGCUGUGCCUCCCGUGUUUGGCCUGUACUCUUCAUUUUACCCUGUUAUCAUGUAUUGUUUUCUUGGAACUUCCAGACACAUAUCCAUAGGUCCAUUUGCUGUGAUUAGCCUGAUGAUUGGCGGUGUGGCUGUUCGAUUAGUCCCUGAUGAUAUAGUCAUUCCAGGAGGAGUAAAUGCGACCAAUGGCACAGAAGCAAGAGAUGCCUUGAGAGUGAAAGUCGCCAUGUCUGUGACCUUACUUUCAGGAAUCAUCCAGUUUUGCCUAGGUGUCUGUAGGUUUGGAUUUGUGGCCAUAUAUCUCACAGAGCCCCUGGUCCGUGGGUUUACCACUGCAGCAGCUGUGCAUGUCUUUACCUCCAUGUUAAAAUACUUGUUUGGAGUGAAAACAAAGCGGUACAGUGGGAUCUUUUCAGUGGUGUAUAGUACAGUUGCUGUGUUGCAGAAUGUUAAAAACCUCAACGUGUGUUCUCUAGGCGUCGGGCUGAUGGUUUUUGGUUUGCUGUUGGGUGGCAAGGAGUUUAAUGAGAGAUUUAAAGAGAAAUUGCCGGCACCCAUUCCUUUAGAAUUCUUUGCGGUGGUGAUGGGAACUGGCAUUUCAGCUGGGUUUAACUUGAAAGAGUCAUACAACGUGGAUGUCGUCGGGACACUUCCGCUGGGGCUACUACCUCCAGCCAACCCGGACACCAGCCUCUUCCACCUUGUGUACGUGGAUGCCAUCGCCAUAGCCAUUGUUGGAUUUUCAGUGACCAUAUCAAUGGCCAAGACCCUGGCAAAUAAACAUGGCUACCAGGUUGAUGGCAAUCAGGAGCUCAUCGCCCUGGGACUGUGCAAUUCCAUUGGCUCACUCUUCCAGACUUUCUCCAUUUCGUGCUCCUUGUCUCGAAGCCUUGUUCAGGAGGGAACCGGAGGCAAGACACAGCUUGCAGGUUGUUUGGCCUCACUAAUGAUUCUGCUGGUCAUAUUAGCCACCGGAUUCCUCUUCGAAUCGUUACCCCAGGCUGUGCUGUCGGCCAUUGUGAUUGUCAACCUGAAAGGAAUGUUUAUGCAAUUCUCUGAUCUCCCCUUUUUCUGGAGAACAAGCAAAAUAGAACUGACCAUCUGGCUUACCACUUUUGUUUCCUCCUUGUUCCUGGGGCUGGACUAUGGUCUGAUUACAGCUGUGAUCAUUGCUCUGCUAACUGUGAUUUACAGAACACAGAGUCCCAGCUACAAAGUCCUUGGACAGCUUCCCGACACGGAUGUGUACAUUGAUAUAGAUGCCUAUGAGGAGGUGAAAGAAAUUCCUGGAAUAAAAAUAUUCCAAAUAAAUGCUCCAAUUUAUUAUGCAAAUAGCGACUUGUAUAGCAAUGCUUUGAAAAGAAAGACUGGAGUGAACCCAGCAGUCAUAAUGGGAGCAAGAAGAAAGGCUAUGAAGAAGUAUGCCAAGGAAGUUGGAAAUGCAAAUGUGGCCAAUGCAGCUGUUGUCAAAGUGGAUGCAGAAGUGGAUGGAGAAGAUGCCACGAAACCCGAACAAGAGGAUGAUGAAGUAAAAUAUCCCCCAAUAGUCAUCAAGAGCACUUUCCCUGAAGAACUGCAAAGAUUUAUGCCCCCUGGGGAUACCAUCCACACCGUCAUUCUGGAUUUUACCCAAGUCAAUUUUAUCGAUUCCGUUGGUGUCAAAACCCUGGCUGGGAUUGUAAAAGAAUAUGGAGAUGUCGGUAUUUAUGUGUAUUUAGCAGGAUGCAGCGCACAAGUUGUAAACGACCUCACUCAAAAUCGAUUUUUUGAAAACCCUGCGAUAAAGGAGCUGCUGUUCCACAGCAUCCACGAUGCAGUCUUAGGCAGCCAACUUCGGGAAGCGCUGGCUGAACAAGAAGCCUCGGCUCUUCCUCCCCAGGAGGACUCCGAGCCCAACGCCACUCCCACCACUCCCGAAGCGUAGAUGAGGAACUCAGCUGGGAUGGGCUACGGGCCUCUCAUGAAAUUGCUCAUUGUUACAUAUUUUAAGUACUAGACAUUAGAUUGGUUUUCUAAGGGUAACAUUAGAUUUCUUUCCUAGCAGUCAAGGCUUGAUUUGGAGGGUGAAUGAUGCGUAGCAAGAUGUAUCUUACUUGUGUUUUUAUUUUUAAUGGACUAUUUCCAAGAUAAAUUGUCCUCUCAGCUGCAUCUAUUGUGCAGUGACAUUUCUGUUACUCUUUAGUAUUAACUUCAUAAACUGAGCAUUUAAGAAGUUAUUUCCUUUAAGUAACUUCACCUACAGAUCAGAUAUGCUGUCCUCAGAUGGUUAGUGGCUCCUUGCUCUUGAAAUUGUUGAUUUACAGGAUUUUUGUAAUCAGAGUUAUCUAACAGAAGGAGCGAACCCACAAUUUUUUAGAAGUUCUUUUAAAAUUACCUUUUAUUAUCAAAGAACAAUCAAAAGAUUAGAAAAAAAUAGAAGAAAAACAUUAUAUUGCUACCACCCAAAGAUUAUCAGUAACACUUGAACGCGUCUCUUUCCACAUCUUUUUCCGUGCAUAUAUAUUUUUAUCUUUUAACCAAAGUAAGGUCAUAUUCAACAUAGUGUUGAUUCACCUCAGACUAUAUUCAAAUUUCCCGUCAUCCUCAAAUUUGUAGUUGGUCUGUCCAAACUAGUAUUCAUUCUGUGACCUAACACUACAGCUGGUCAUGUCUUUUCAAGUCCCUUAAGUCUAUCUUAAUCCAGCAUCAUCCCUUUUAUGACCGUGAGUUAGAUUGGGGCAGUUGUCCUUAGAAUCCCAUCUGGUUUUUUCAAAGUGUUAUUUCUCUUGUCCCUUUAUUUCCUGAACUACCUGUAAUCUAAAAGUUCUAUCUAAAAGUUUCAUGGAUUUAAAUAAAACCUUUUUUUGCUAGAAUAUAUCAUAGAUGAGACAUAUGCUUCAAAUCUCAUCACAUCAGAAAACACAUAACAUCUAGUUGACCUACAAUUAACAAUGCGGAAGUAGAUCCCUGGAUUGACAGGACAGCCUGAUACCCCAUUUAGGUUUUCCCUUUGUGACUAGUGAGUUACUUUAUGGUAUUCCUUUGGCAUUGAACGAAUACCCGGUUUCCCAUUAGCCAUUCACCCAGGGGUUUUAACAUCUGGUGAUAAUCCUUGCCCAAAUCAAUAAUUUUAUUGUUUGUGAUUUUUUUUCUAAUUCUAAUAAUUGAAGAAAUGAUUUUCAGCAUUUAUCAGUUGGUGUUUCUUUGUAAACUACAACUAUUCCUCCUCCACUUCAGCUGUCUGGUCAUCCUUAAAUACAUCUCUUACUGGAAAAGGCAGGUUAGAUGUUUUUUCCGUUUAAUUAUCAACUUCAAAGUAAGGAGUUAGUUUAACAUGACAAAUUAGGUUCUUUUACAUCUCUCUUUUUUUUGGCAUAUUAUAGGCUCAUGAAUUUUUAUAGUUUGAGUGUUCUUCAGUCCAUUAUAAUUGUUCUUUUUUGCUGUUCAAAUUGUCACAACUGUGACCACAAGUUUUGUUGUUGCUGAUAGUAAGGUAACCUUAAAGGCCGUGUAUUAAGAAAGCUGACUCUUACGUAUAAUUUAAUAUCUUGGAAGUCCGUAAGAGUUAUCAGUUAAUUCUUCAUCAAACCCAGAGUUAAGCCUAUGAUUAAGUUAAAUGCCUAUUUGAGGCACUCUUUAUAGUUGUCCAAAAGGAGUUGGGGAGAACUUCAAGCCAAUUUGUCAUCAAAAGGUCUUCUUGUAGUUCCAACUACCUCCUUCUUCCAGAUCAAAGGACAAGUUUUAGCCAACCUGCCUAAAGCCUCCUCUGCUGAGAUUUCCUGCUAAUAGUUUGUGGUUCUUUUUUAAUAUUUUAUUUAUUUAUUUAUUUGAGAGAGAAAGUGAGAGCAGGAGGGGAAGAAGCAGAGGGAGAGGGAGAAGCAGGCGCUCCCCUGCUGAGUAGGGAACCUGAUCCCAGGACCCCAGGAUCAUGACCUGAGCCAAAGGCAGACACUUAACCGAGCCACCCAGAUGCCCCUAACAGUUAUUAAAAUGUUUUCUUAUUGAUUCUUGUUUUAGUUUUCCUGAAGAAAACACUGCCAGGGGAAAAGUGGUGUGGUCAGAUCCCAAGAAAGAACGGUUAGCAUGGGUCUACUCCAACCAAACCCUGUGGUUGGUUUGCUUUAACUAUGGGGUUGCUCAGUGACUUUACUAAUUUAACUUAAAGUAGACCCCCUCCUUUCUAAUCAGUACUUCAUGUAGAUCUUGAGUGAAACUAGGUUCCCAACCAGUUACUCCCUUGCAAUCACCACACGCAAGAGCAGAUACAUCUGCAUUCUGAUACAGACUGCCUUCUGAAAGAGCACUUAUUUGUAGAACCUCUGCUUUAGCGGAAGCUUUUGUCAAAGGACCAGCACCAUUUCAGCCAUUAAAGCAGAACUUCGGAUUUUAAACAAGUCUACAAUACUUCACCCCAUAUACUUUAACACCUGUUUUCAGCAAAUGCUUCACACACAGUAGAUAUUCACGUCCUAGUAGUUGGUAGAUUGAACGUAGUGUACAAAAACCGUAUUUACCAGUAUCUAACAGAUUUGUAUUUAACUUUUGUUCUUUAAUGUUCAACCUGUUGUGAGUGGAAUUUUACCAUGUACAUAAAAAGCACCUUAGUUUUACUGAAGGGAAAUCUGUUUUAUUUUCAACAUGCCUCUAAGAAUUUAAGAGUGCAUUUCAAAAUGUUUUAUCUGUAUGUAAAUAUGUUGGAAUGCUUUACGUAAAAUUAUUUAAUAUAGGGGAAAUUUUCCUGACCUUUUUUUUAAGUAUGCCUUUAUGUUCUUCUUUCUGGACCUUACUAGCUAGCUGCUAGCGUAUGCUUCCUGUUUCUCAGCCCUGGUUCAAACUCAGUCUUACUGCACUGCCAAAAUGGGCAUAAUCCACAAUGAUAGAUAUUGGGACUUGGCAAGUCUUCUAUGGCAAUAGGGGAAAGCCCUGUGUUCAGGGAGGGUCCCACAUAGAGAAGUCCUUUGUUUUUCUCAAAUACUACACAAUAUGAUAGUGGUUGAUUUCUGCCUCAUGGAUAGACGGAAUACGUUUGAAAAUAAUUGCGAACCAGGACCGAGGAAACAAUUCUUGUCACAGACAUUGACUUUGUAUAAUUAUAGGACAGCUUAGAGUAGGAUUGAAAUGGUCAGUCUCAUCUGCAGUGGGACUCAGAGAAAAAAGAAAGAUAUGAAUCCUCUGCAAGCCCUGUGAGUAGCUCAUUUUAUAGUUUUCAGGUGACAUCUAAAAUAUCAAUUCCAUGUGGUUUGAUCCUGUAUUCUUACCUGUUCAACAGAUAAAGGAGGUGCCUGCCUCCAAAGGUACAUUUUGAGGAAAUGAGUUUGCCCUCAUGUGUGGAUAAAGGCAAAGGUAACAAACCCAAAGAAUCUGCCAUGGAAUGGGUAGGUGUGUUUUUCUGUUUUG